CAUAGCUUUUGUUUACUUUUCAAACUUGUGAAUAUUGGUCAGAUUUCUCUGUUAUAUUUCAUAUACGAUUACGCCUACCUGUGUGCCUCACUUUUGACUAUAUUGUGCGUCAAUUUGGCUACACUGUGUUUUACUGUCAUUUGUAUGUUUUUCAUUUAAAGCUCAAAACAGUUUUUAUGGUGUUGAAGUUAACUGUUAACAUUAUUUUUCCAAGGUCUUUAAAGUGAAUGCAAAAACGUUUUGCUGUUGAAAUAUACAUACAAUAUGCAAUGCAAUUUACUACAAUCGCGCUUUAAUUUUGCAUUCAAUUCGACAGUAUUAAACUUGGUAAUAGCCCUAUUUAUAUUUUACGCAGGUAUAUAUCGUUUUAUUUCCAUACUUAGCCUACGUGAUAUCUUCAUUAAUUGCAACAAUUAAUUCUACAUUAAUUCUCACGUAAUUCCUGCUGUACAAUUGGGAUUUUGGGCUUGAGCUUGGCUUUAGGAGUGUAUAGACUAAACUGUGGAAACUGUCAGGGAGCAGGAUGCCGUCUUUUGCAAAAUUGCGUAAUUAUUUCUGUCAUUGUGGUCUCCACUUCAAAAUUUUUGAGUGCCUUGCAUGAGCAUGACACUACACAUGGUUUUUUGACAGGGCCUGUCUCGAUCGCGUUUGGUAAAAAAAAUCGGUGCGUUUGUGAGUGUGUGGCGGUGCAUAUUGCGGGCCAUGAAGAGUGGGUUUUGCAGUACACUGUCUCCCCUGCUUCAGCUCAAAGCUCGAAUCCGGCGCUACUCGGACGUCAUGUCUCUCCCGGACUCCUUCAUCCAGCAGCAGCAGCUGGACGCCUCCAUGGCCGACACCUUCCUGGAGCACCUCUGCCUGUUGGACAUCGACCAGGAGCCAAUCACGGCUCGCAACACCAGCAUCAUCUGCACUAUCGGACCAGCUUCUCGUUCUGUCCCCAAGCUGCAGGAAAUGGUGAAGGCUGGAAUGGACAUUGCCAGACUCAACUUCUCCCAUGGAUCUCACGAGUACCACGCAGGGACCAUCAAGAACAUCCGGGAGGCGGUUGACACCCUGACCACCGACCCUCUGUACUACCGUCCUGUUGCUAUUGCGCUGGACACCAAGGGUCCGGAGAUCCGCACCGGUCUCGUAAGAGGGCAGGUGGACGGGGAGGUGGAACUGAAGCGGGGGGCAGAGGUUCGGCUCGUGACAGCCGAGAGUGAGCGGGACAGCACGGACGGGACCACGGUGUGGGUCGAUUACCCCAGUCUGCCCCUGGUGGCGGAGAAGGGAGGAACAGUCUUCAUCGAUGAUGGCCUCAUUGGACUCAAAGUGCUGGAGAUAGGGCCAGACUGGGUGCAGACUCGGGUGGAGAGCGGGGGGGUCCUUUGCAGCAGGAAAGGGGUGAACCUGCCGGGGGCGGACUUGGUGAACAUGCCGGCGGUCAGCGCUCGGGACGAGGCGGACCUGCGCUUCGGGGUGAGCCAGGGGGUGGACAUGGUGUUCGCCAGCUUCAUCCGCAGCGCCCAGGACGUGCGGGCCGUGCGCGAGGCGCUGGGCCAGCCGGGGAAGGACAUCAAGGUGGUCAGCAAGGUGGAGAGCCGCCAGGGCGUCCGCAACUUUGAGGAGAUCCUUGCUGUGAGUGAUGGGGUCAUGGUGGCUCGGGGGGACCUGGGUAUAGAGAUUCCUGCUGAGAAAGUCUUCAUCGCCCAGAAGAUGAUGAUUGGUCGCUGCAACUCUGCCGGAAAGCCUGUUAUCUGUGCCACUCAGAUGCUGGAGAGCAUGGUCAGUCACCCGCGCCCCACGCGGGCGGAGGGCAGUGACGUGGCCAACGCCGUGCUGGACGGGGCCGACUGCGUGAUGCUCUCAGGAGAGACGGCCAAGGGACGCUACCCCGUGGAGGCUGUGGCCAUGAUGCACUCGAUCUGUCGGGAGGCGGAGGCUGCCAUCUUUCAUCAGCAGCUGUUUGAAGAGCUGCGCCGUUUGACUCCGCUGUCCUCUGACCCGACGGAAGUGACCGCCAUCGGGGCGGUGGAGUCCUCCUUUAAAUGCUGCGCGGGGGCCAUUAUCGUCCUCACCACCACUGGCAGGUCAGCCCAGCUGCUGUCCCGCUACCGCCCUCGUUGUCCCAUCAUUGCUGUGACCCGGAGUGAGAAGGUGUCCCGUCAGUCCCAGCUCCUCAGGGGCGUCUUCCCCGCCCUGAUGAGGACUCCGCCUCUCCCGGUGUGGGCGGAUGAUGUUGACAGCAGAGUGGAGUUCGGCAUGGAUAUAGGGAAGGCCCGCGGGUUCUACAAGCCUGGUCACAUGGUGAUCGUUGUGACGGGUUGGAGCCCAGGAUCUGGGCACACCAACAUCAUGAGGGCCGUCCCAGUGAUAUGAACCCAAUCUGUCCCCAAAGAACGCACGGACUGAGACGGACACACUGACUGAUGCGCUGUCAGGCUGACAGACUGGCUGACUGAUACACUGACAGACUGACUGAACUGGGCACUGACGGGCUAGCUUGCUGAUGUUCUGACAGACUGACUGACUGACUGACGCUAUGAUGCCCUGUCUGAUUGAUAAGCUGACUGACUGAUGCACUGACAGACUCACUGAUGGGCUGGCUUGCCGAUGCCCUCGCAGUUGAUUCAGUGAUAGCACGGCCGCUGACUAUUACAGUCACACUUGAGUAAUGACUACCACAUGCUGGGAACAGUCCCCUUAGUGACUGACAGUUGAUGAUAUUGAGCAUGCCACCGAGUCACUGUCGCCCCGUUCUCAUUGCGUGGACUAAAUUGCUCCCGAACAUAAACUGAUAACCCCGGCCGACAGACUCUUAACCGUAACUCAGUGUCCCGCGGACCCGAUUAGGUUACAGCGUUAGCGCACCGCGCACGCUCGCGCUGUAACCCGAUAGGAAGCACUUUGCAUAGCUGCCAGCGCACGGAAAUGCCUGACCCCAGAUUGACUGAAGUGCGGACUGACGAAACCGCGCGAGCCAGCCGGCCGGCCGGCGGCUGGCGUGUGCCACUUCCUACAGCGUGACGUGCGCCACGUGCUCCGGAAUCACUGCCACGAAUAAAUAUGGAAGCAUCAAAAAAAAAAACCCUGGU